CUUUGUCCAGUCGACGUCCCCACUGCGACCGCGAGAUUUGUCCGUCGCUUAGCCGAAGCACCCAGGAAUUGGAUGGAAGCAGCAGCCCAAGUCUUCCGAAUAUUAUGUUAUCUGCGCCAUGGAUCCAAUAUUCCAGCCAUGCUGCAAAGUCCCGGUCGGCAACCAUGAGGGCUAAAGUCGCUCAGAAAGUAUAUUUCCCCUAGAGCCGAAUCUUGUGGGAAAUCGGCAUAUAAUAAAUACUAUCGCAGUCGCAUCUGCUGAAGCAUGAACACUGUCACGGACCUCUGCCCGUCGAGAUGGGUUCCAGCAUAACUAACCCUUCUGGCCUGGCCCUGGAAAGGGGCAUGUGGGCAGCAGUUGCUGUGGCCACCGUUAUCAUCAUCCUCCGCAUCGUCGCAAAGAUCAAGAUUCACCACUUUCGCUUUGACGAUGUGUUGAUGGUCAUUGCAUGGGCAUUAACACUCGCAUCCACGGUCGUCUUGACGCUCUCUGUCCAGAAUGGCUUUGGCACCAACCUCGAGACUCUGCCACUCCACAACACGAAACAGGUGCUGAAGUACAUCGCCAUCCAAGUACCCCUCGUCACCAUCAGCACCGGUCUGGCGCGCUCUUCAUUUGUUCUCUAUCUGCUCGGUAUCCUCGGUGGGAAAAAGAAGUAUUCGAUUGCAUUAUGGUUCGCCAUGCUGCUACAGCUCAGUGCCAACAUUGUCUCGGCCGUUCUCCCGCUCUGCAUCUGCCGUAACGUCCGGGCUCUGUGGGAUCCGACCGUCAAGACCACCUGUGGCAGUAGUGUGGCGGUAGUUCGGUUUUCGUACUUCUCGUCUUCCGUCAAUACGGCCACGGACCUCUUCCUGGCGGUGUUUCCCACGAUUAUCUUCUGGAGCCUGAAUCUAAAAAUGCGGAUCAAGAUCAGUUUGAUCAUGCUACUGAGCCUCGGUAUAGUUGCCAUGGUUGCCUCGAUCAUCAAGACCACCCAGCUGGACGAAGUGCCCAGCAUCACCAACCUGGGCGCCGGUGGGGCAGUCGGACUAAUCCGCUGGGGAUAUUCGGAGAACCUGAUCAUUAUCAUCACGUCCUCCGUGCCGUGCAUCCGGCCCCUGCUGAUCUCAUCCGUGCGCAAGCUGUCGAGUGCGGCGCGAUCUCGCUCCUACGAACUCAGUGGGCCGUUCUCGGCCAACAAGGGGACGACGAAGAACGGCACGGCGCCGACGCGGUUGCGGGAGCAGGAACAUGAACACCAGAGCUCGGACAAUCGGGAUGACUGCGACAGCAUCGAGCAGAUCCUCAAGGACAGCUACCGCACGGGGUCGACGAUGGAGUCGGGACGGGGGAUCAAGAAGCAGGUUGAGAUCUCGGUGGUGUCCAACUCCAACCAGCCGCGGUGGGGAGAUCGCGGCAGCCGGCCUUAGGCAGGCAUUUCUUUCCUUUGUUUGUUCUAUCUGUAUAAUACCUCCCUUCAUGAGUCACAUGCCCUGUAAUGAUACACAGUAGACUAUCGACCACCU